AUGCUGACCGAUGCUGUUGUCACCGCGUCCCCUUCCCCUUUCCCUUCCCCUUCCCCUUCCCCCUUCCCUUCCCCUUCCCCUUCUCCUACCCCUUCCCCUACCCCUUCCCCUUCCCCUUCCCCCUUCCCUUCCCCUUCCCCUUCUCCUACCCCUUCCCCUACCCCUUCCCCUUCCCCUUCCCCCAACCCUUCCCCUCCCCCCUCCCCUUCCCCCUCCCCUUCCCCCUCCCCUUCCUCCUCCCCUUCCCCCCCCUUCCCCCCCCUUCCCCCUCUCGUUCCCUUCCCGUUUCCCCUUCCCCUUUCCCUUCCCCUUCCCCCUUCCCUUCCCCUUCCCCCUUCCCUUCCCCUUCCCCUUCCCCCUCUUCGUUCCCCCUCCUCGCUGCCUUCCCCGUCCCCCUCUCUCUUCCUCCUCCCCCGCGCCCCCUCUUCAACCGCCUUCCCCCUCUCCUUUCCCCCUCCCUCUCCCCCUCCCGUUUUCCUCCCUCCUUUUUUUCCCCCUUCCCACCGCGCCACCCCCCAUCCCCUUCCCCUGCGCAACCCGCGCGGCGUACCUGUGCUCCUUUCAGCGCGAGCCGCACUCUCUCUCGAGUCGCCUGCAGAGACUCCAUCGGAACCGCCUUAA